CAAAUCAAUUCAUUUGAGGAGCGAAAGCAAUUCCCACAUCGAAAAACACCAUUCCAUUCUUGGGGGUGGAAAACGUCAACCUGUGGAGGAAUCAACGACUUCUGCGAUGUGAACUUUGGGGAAUUAAAACCAUGAGAAGCGUGAAGAGGAAAAAGCUCCUGAACUUAAGAAGCACUCCAGUUGAAGUUUACAUGAAAGUGAUGUUCUAGAAAAAAAAACGGCAACGAUAGCCAUAUUCUGCCGCACCAAUUCGCCAUAUGGUUAGAGCGGGUGCCUCUUUAGUGUGUGUUGUGUUGUGGAUUAUUAUGAGGCGUCAUGGCGUGGUGUGACCGUGGCUGUCAGAUACUGCUGACCAUCGUGGGCGCUUUUUCAGCUUUCAGUCUGAUGACAAUAGCUAUUGGGACCGACUACUGGCUCUAUUCUCGGGCGUACAUAUGUAACGCCACCAAUGUCACCACGGACGACAUGCAACCCAAGAAAACUAGAGGCGACCUGACGCACUCCGGACUGUGGCGGAUUUGUUGUAUAGAAGGAAUCAACAAAGGAAGCUGUCUUCGGAUCAAUCACUUCCCAGAAGAUAACAACUACGACACAGACAGCUCGGAAUACAUCUUACGUAUAGUGCGGGCCUCCAGCCUCUUCCCCAUCCUGAGCAACAUCUUGUUGUUGCUGGGAGGACUGUGUGUCGGGGCUGGGAGGAUCUACAGCAGUAAGAACAACAUCCUGCUCAGCGCCGGCAUCCUGUUUGUGGCUGCAGGUCUAAGCAACAUCAUCGGCAUCAUCGUCUACAUCUCCAGUAAUGCCGGUGACCCCAGCGACAAGAAGGACGAGGACAAUAAGGGUAGCUAUGGAUACGGCUGGUCUUUCUACUUCGGAGCGCUGUCCUUCAUCGUGGCGGAGUCCGUUGGCGUUCUCGCUGUCAAUAUCUACAUCGAGAAGAACAAGGAGACGCGGUGCCGGGCGAGGCGGGAGUUCAUCAAGACCACCUCGCCCUACUCCCGUAUCCCUAGUUACCGUUACCGGCGGCGACGCUCCCGUUCCAGUUCCCGCUCCACCGACCCGUCCCGAGAGACCUCACCCGUCGGGGUUAAGAUGGGAGGAGGAGGGGGAGCAGGCAUAGGAAGUGGAGCAAGCUUUGGGAUGCCCAUGGGUGGUAUCUCCAUGUACGCCCUCAGUAGGGACACUAUGAAAAGUGGGAUAGCUGGGUACUGUAGUCCAGAGCGUGACUCAAGCUUCCUGCAGGUCCACAACUGCUUCCAGAAAGAUCUGAAGGAGGGUGUCAACAGGAGAACGACUCCCGUAUGAGGGUUGGAAUGCAUCUCUGAACUUGGUAGGAUACAGGAGACUUCACUAAACUGUAAAGGAAACACUUGGACAGCACAUGAUCCAGGAUCAUUGUUGCAACUACAAUACACAGACUAUCUUCCAUGUUGAAAGGUCAUAGUUCAUAUGAUGGAGUGUGCUCUUUUUUUGGUAUAACAAAAUUGCCGUCCGUCUUCGUUUGAAUGUGGAGGAGAAAUGGACGCUGAAGGAAUAUUUCGAAAACCUUUGGUAAAGCUACUAUAAGUCCAUUUACAAAGACUACAGAAACCCAGACCUUUAGUAGCAAUGCUUCUGUGAUACACCAUAAGAAAAGUAUGUGUUUUGCAUAUCCCUCAACAAAUGGUAGUCAUAUCUUGUUGUUUUGAUGUUGUCAAGUGAUAAAACUCACUGGAGGGGUUUGAUUUUGCCAUUGUAACUGGUGCUAUACACUUUCAACACACUUUGAAUAUUCUGAUUACACUCUUGGAAGAAAGGGUUCCAAAAUAGUUUUGAGCUGUAGGAGAAACCUUUUUGCUUUGGGUUCCAUGUAGAACCCCAUGUAGAAGGGGUUCUAUACUGAACAAAAAUAUAAACGCAACAUGUAAAGUGUUCAUGGAAUAAAAGAUCCCAGAAAUGUUACAUAUGCACAAAAAUCUUAUUUCUCUAAAAUGUUGUGCACAAAUAUGUUUACAUCCCUCUUGGUGAACAUUUCUCCUUUGCCAAGAUAAUCCCAAGAUAAUCCAUCCACCUGACAGGUGCAUAUGAAGAAACUGAUUAAACAGCAUGAUCAUUACACAGGCACACCUUGUGCAGGGGACAAAAAGACCACUCUAAAAUGUGCAGUUUUGUCAAACAACACAAUGCCACAGAUGUCUCAAGUUUCGAGGGAGCGUGCAAUUGGCAUGCUGACUGCAGGAAUGUCCCCCAGAGCUGUUGCCUGAAAAUUGAAUGACAAUUUCUCUACCAUAAGCCGUCUCCAACGUUGUUUUAGAGAAUUUGGCAGUACGUCCAACUGGCCUCAUAACCUCGCCAGCCCCUGACCUCCACAUCCAGCUUCUUCACCUGCGGGAUCGUCUGAGACGAGCCAUCCAGACAGCUGAUGAAACAGAGUAUUUCUGUCUGUAAUAAAGCCCUUUUAUGGGGAAAAACGAAUUAUAAUUGGCUAGGACUGGCUCCCCAGUGGUUGGGCCUAUACCCUCCCCGGCCAACCCAUGCCUGUGCCCCAGUCAUGUGAAAUCCAUAGAUUAGGGCCGAAUUAAUUCAUUUAAAAUCACUGAUUUCCUGACAUGAACCGUAACUCAGUAAAAUCAUUGAAAUUGUUGCAUUUUGCAUUUAAAUUUUUGUUCAGUAUACAUAAAACCCCAAAAGGUUCUACCUAGAACUAAAAAGGGUUAUUCAAAGGGUUCACAUAUGGGGACAGCUGAAGAUCCCUUUUCAGUCCUAGAUAGCAAAUCUUCUAAAACCUGGGAAUUUUGGUAAACUUUUUUUUGUACAUUUUGUAACUCUAAUCCUUCUCACUAACUGUCAUGUGAUCCUCAUCUAUCUAUCUAUCUAUCUAUCUAUCUAUCUAUCUAUCUAUCUAUCCUCUGUGGUCUUUGUAUUGGCGGGAACUGGUGUACCUGUACGCUACAUAUGUUUGUACUUUGAUCUGACCCACUGCCAUACUCUUACUAUUAGUAAAUAUCCAAAUACAAACCUGUUGUAGAUUGAAAAUAAGUAAGGGGGAUGUAGGGAAAUACUGAACUCCUUUUCAUGAAUAACAUUCCAAUCAAUGUAAAUAGUAGAUUUAUUUCAAUCAAACAUACAUUGUCUUUAUUGAGUGUUCUAUAUUAUUUUCGAUUUUGCUCAGGGAAGCUGUAUUGGUAUCAACUAAUUUACACCUUUAUGAAGCAUUACCUAUUAGGUAUAUUACGUAAAAGCAUUUAUGCUGUUAUAUCUUGUCUAAUGCCAUAAAGACUGUCAUCAGUGUCCAAAAAUAGAGGUGAGAUCACACUGUAGGCUAUGUCUUGUUGUUUAUGAAUCUACUUUUUAAUCAUGUACUUCUGUGGAGGACUGUGUGUAUGGCAAACUCCAUGUAGAAGUUGCCCGUAGGCACAGAUCUAGCAUCAGCUUACCAAAAUCCUAACCUUAACCAUGAGCGGAUAAAAACCUUGGAUCAGCAUCUUGAGAAAAUGUCAUUCCCUUAUGUGUUGGAAAACUAAAGUCUUGUUCACAUUAGCAGUUUGAAGUGACUCAAAUCUUCCAAAAAUUGCAUAUCCUUGAUGUGCUAUUUUUCCUGCAGUCUGAACAACCAAAAAGCACAUGGAAUUGUAUAGUUGAAGCCACAUUUCUAACCACCUCUGUAGGUGGUUAGAAAUCUGAUCCCUGGCCCUGCGACUUGUGUCGGAAUGGUCAAAUCUGAUUUAUUUGCCCUUAAGUGUGUUUUAGGCUGUUAAUUGAAAUAUCUUGUUCCUUUUUAGCUACACUUUUGACAGUUUGACAAGAACAUGUGGUAGCCAACUAACGUUAGCUAGUUGAUUGUUUGCAAACAAAUGAGUGAAUGUGCUAGACCGCUACCUAGCUAGUUGACUGCUGUGGCACGCCAAAAAGGACUUGUUUUGAAAGUUGGAUAAUUUUGUCUGUUGACAAGUGAUCUUACACUAUAAUUUUGAAUGUUCAAAACAACUGGGAAACAUCCAUGGCAGGCAUUGUUGUCACUUUAACUUGCUACAUAACUUCUGAGCGACAGGAAGUAGUAGCACCACCACCAAUCAGCCUACACCAUUGCACACACACCCGUCGUUACCAUGACAACUAGCGUAGCCAUGUCAGCAAAUGACUUCUGUCUGAACACGCAUCCGGUUUGGUAACUUGAUGUUUGGACAGUCAAUAUUCCAAAAAGGUUUUGAAAACAAAACUGAUUUGAGCAUUAAAGCCUGCAGUGUGAACAAGGCUUAAAAGGCCACUAGUCAGAGCCAACUUCCUUUAAAUUGAAUCAUCUGUGUAGCACAGUACACAACCUUCUUCCUUCAAACGCCACAUUGUUCAUGGUAUUCAGCUCCCCCUCACAUUGAGCUAAUGAGGCAGGCUUGAUAGGCCUGUAAAUGCUCCAUUCUGUGGCAGCACGAAAGGCAUUAAGACAUUACGAGCAUUCACAGGGUGUGAAUGAAGGGAAUUAACAUCAAGUCACUUCAAGCAUGAGUCUACUAACAGACUCCAAUACAGUGACAAGAAAAAGUAUGUGAACCCUUUGGAAUUACCUGGACUUCUGCAUAAAUUAGUCAUAAAAGUUGAUCUGAGCUUCAUCUUAGUCACAACAAUAGACAAACACAGUGGACUUAAACUAAUAACACACAAAGUAUUGUAUUUUCUAAUCUAUAUUGAAUACAUUAUUUAAACAUUCACAGUGUAGGUUGGAAAAAGUAUGUGAAACCCUAGGCUAAUGACUUCUCCAAAAGCUCAUUUGAGUCAGGAGUCAGCUAACCUGGAGUCCAAUCAAUGAGACGAGAAUGGAGAUGUUGGUUAGAGCUGCCUUGCCUUUUAAAAAACACUCACAAAAGAGUUUGCUAUUCACAAGAAGCAUUGCCUGAUAUGAACCAUGCCUCGAACAAAGGAGAUCUCAGAAGACGUAAGAUGAAGAAUUGUUGACUUGCAUAAAGCUGGAAAGGGUUACAAAAGUAUCUCUUAAAGCCUUGAUGUUCAUCAGUCCAUGGUAAUACAAAUUGUCUGUAGAUGGAGAAAGUUCAGCACUGUUGCUAGUCUCCCAAGGAGUGGCCGUCCAGGUCUGUUCGUCAGCCACGAAUUUGAACAAUUCUCUCCCCUCAUCACAGAUAGUUUCAUCCACGAUAAAGCUAAGCUUGUUCUCUCCAGUGUGAGCCAGUGAUUUUUCCUCCCCCUCUAAAGGAGACAGAAAUGACAGGAUUUUGUGUUCCACGUGGCCAAUGACUGAGCUGUUAGUUAACUAGCUACUGUGUGACAGCACCGCUGGCACCAUCUAUGUUGAACGAUUUGUCUGAGUCUGUCAGUCAUAGCAAUUGAGGAUAAGAUUACAGACAAAACAGUGACCGGCAGUCACUUUUCCAUGUAUGUUUUUCAUUUGAACUUCACAUUGAUAGACAGCUUCAUUAGAAUUUUUUAUUUUUAUCAUGAACUUUCAAUCAUUAUUUACUUUAACCAUGGUCCAUGGCUAUCACCACAACAUGCACAACAAUAUCACCACUGUAUAUUUUUAUUCUUAACAGCUUCCCGCUAAUGAUUUUGGUAUGCUUUAAGAAUAGAGAAGAGCGCCCUUCCCAACGAUUUAGAGUUUAAAAAAAAUCUACAAACAAAUAAUAAUUAUAUGAAAUAAUACAAAUAGAAAUAGUAACAGAAAAUGAAUAAGAUACACAAGAAUUAAGCUAUAUACAGGGAGUACCACUACCAUAUCACUGUGCAGGGGUAUGAGGUCUUUGAGGUAGAUACACUAUACGAUGCAUUCGGAAAGUAAUCAGACACCUCAACUUUUUUCACAUUUUGUUACGUUACAGCCUUAGUCUAAAAUGUAUUCAAUAUUUUUUCCCAUCAAUCUACACGCAAUACUCAAUAUAGGUAAAGUGAAUACAGGUUUUUAGAAAUGUUUGCAAAUUUAUUACAAAUAAAAAACAGAAAUACCUUAUUUACAUACAUAUUCAGACCCUUUGCUGUGAGACUGAGCUAUUGAGCUCAGGUGCAUCGUGUUUCUAUUCAUUAUUCUUGAUUUGUUUCUAAAACUUGAUUGGAUUUACCUGUGGUAAAUUCAAUUGAUUGGACAUGAUUUGGAAAGGCAAACACCUGUCUAUAUAAAGGUCCCACAGUUGACAGUGCAUGUCAGAGAAAAAAACAAGCCAUGAGGUCAAAGGAAUUGUCCGUAGAGCUCUGAGACAGGAUUGUGUUGACGCACAGAUCUGGGGAAGGGUACUUAAGCAUUUAUGCAUCAUUGAAGGUCCCCAAGGGUACAGUGGCCUCCAUCAUUCUUAAAUGGAAGAAGUUUGGAACCACCAAGACUCGUCCUGGAGCUGGCCGCCCGGCCAAACUGAGCAAUCGGUGAAGAAGGGCCUUGGUCAGGGAGGUGACCAAGAACCCGAUGCUCACUCUGACAGAGCGACAGAGUUCCUCUGUGGAGAUGGGAGAACCUUCCAGAAGGACAUCCAUCUCUGCAGCCCUCCACCAAAUCAGGCCUUUAUGGUAGAGUGGCCAGACAGAAGCCACUCCUCAGUAAAAGGCACAUGAAAGCCCUUUUGGAGUUUGCCAAAAGGCACCCAAUGGACUCUCAGACCAUGAGAAACAAGAUUCUCUGGUCUGAUUAAACCAAGAUUGAAUUCUAUGGCCUGAAUGCCAAGCUUCACGUCUGGAGGAAACCUGGCACCAUCCCUACGGUGAAGCAUUGUGGUGCCAACAUAAUGCUGUGGGGAUGUUUUUCAGCGGCAGUGACUGGGAGACUAGUCAGGAUCAAGGGAAAGAUGAACGGAGCAAAGAACAGAGAGAUCCUUGAUGAAAAUCGUAGAUUGAUGAGGAAAAAAACGAUUUACUCAAAAAUAGAAUAAGGCUGUAACGUAACAAAAUGUGGAAAAAGUCAAGGGGUCUGAAUGCACUGUACAUACACAGACAAAAGUAUGUGGACACCUCUUCAAGUUAGUGGAUUCAGCUAUUUCAUCCACACCCGUUGCAGACAGGUGUAUAAAAUCGAGUACAAUGCCAUGCAAUCUCUAUAGACAAACAUAUGGGUGUGAAUGUGUGUGGUUUUGUGUGAGAGUGUCAGUGUAGUGUGUGUGAGUGAGUGUAUAUACUGUAUAGUCUUGUGUGCAUAGUGUCAGUGCAAGAUCGGGUCAAUGCAGAUAGAAUGGAUAACCAUUUAAUUAACUAUUUAGCAGUCUUAAUGGCUAUUUAGCAGUCUUCUGGUUUGGGGGUAGAAGUUGGCCUGAGAACCAAUGCUCCGGUACCGUUUGCCAUACGGUAGCAGAGUGAACAGUCUAUGGCUUGGGUGGCGGAAGUCAUGGCAAUCUUUCGGGCCUUCCUCUGACACAGCCUGGUAUAGAGGUCCUGGAUGGCAGGGAGCUCAGCCCCAGUGAUGUACUGGGCCGUCCCCCCACUCUCUGUAGCACUUUGCGGUAAAGGGCGGUGACUCAUCACCAUCGGUGAUUAGACCUACCACCGUCAUGUCAUCAGCAAACUUUAUGAUGUUGUUAGAGUCGUAUUUGGUCACGCAGUCGUAGGAGAACAGGCAGUAGUCGUGGGUGAUCAGGGAGAAAAGUGUAUCCAUCUGCUUGAUGUUUUUCCUCUCUCAAUGUAGAUAUUGAUGUCUGCCAUUGUCUUGGUAACAGCCAGUGCUACCUUAAGGUAAUGUUAUUCUGGGAAGAUAAUAUUAGGCUACAGGCCUUAUUUUGGCUAAUCUCUGAAAACUCUAUUGGGGCACAUGAAAGCGAGAAUACAGAAUGAAUGAGAGUAGCUCCACUGAAAUCUCUGUCAGGCAUCCCUCUAAAAUAUAUGUACUGUAAUUGAUUCCAAGUGUCUUUGAACAUGUGUUUUAAUUGAAUAAAAAAAGGUAAUGUCACUGUC